CGCCGCGGAACCUUCAUGCGCGGCGGCGGCGGCAGCCCGGACGCGCCCGGGACGGGGCCGGCGGCGGCGGCGGGGACUCGGCCCGGUGCGGGCGGCGCCAUGGCUCGGGACCCUGCCUUCGUGCUGCGCUACCUGGCCGAGGUGGAGGAGCUGGCCGAGGACGUGCUGGCGGCGCGGCAGCAGAUCGUGGAUCUGGACGCGAAGCGGAACCGAAACCGUGAGGCCCUGCGGGCGCUGCACAGGGACGCGGAGCCGGACGGCAAGGCCAUGGUCUGCUUCGGGGACAUGUUCGUGGAGCUGCCCACAGCGCAGACCAAGGAGAUGCUGCGGAAGGACCAGGAAAGCCUGGAUGAGGAGAUAAACAACCUCCGGAGGGAGCUGCGUGUCAAAGUCAAUCGCCUCUUUGAAGCUCAAGGCAAACCUGAGCUGAAAGGAUUCAACCUGAACCCAAUGACUGCUGAGGAUAUGAAGCUCAUCAAUCGCAUCCUGGAGGGCUGAGGUGGCUCUGCCCUUGGCACAGCCUCAGUUGUGCUGUCACCUGUGGAGCUCACACUGCAACAGCCACAGCUGCAGGGCUGCAGCUCAUUGGUGUGCCCAGAGCCCACGCUGGCUGAGCUCCUUGGCAAGUGCUGGGCUGCUCCUCAGCCACCACACCGCAGCCCCUUUGCCCCACAAACCUUUCCCUGCUCCUUGCUGCAGCCUGGGUGGCAGAGCCAGAGGUGCCCGUGCCCAGGGUGGAAGUGGGAUCAUUAAAAUCAGAGCAGUGGGGAA